CCUGGUCACAUUUCGAGUGAUGUUCUCACAGACAGCACAGUAAAUGACUGAUAAAAAUGUUUCAUGGGUUUGUUUGGUUUGGUUUGUGCUUCUGGCGUCUUGCUGGUGUGUUUGGUGUUGACGCAGAUGAAAUCAAGUCUGUGUUGGUGAUGGAGGGAGAUUCUGUCACCCUGCCGACUGGUGUGACUAAAAUACAAGAGGACGAUCUGAUUAUGUGGAUGUGUGGAGACGAUUGUAUCGCUAAACUCAACAUAUCAUCCCAAGUCAUCUCUGAAACUCACAACAUGUUCAAAGACAGACUGAAGCUGGAUCAUCAGACUGGAUCUCUCAUCAUCAGAAACCUCAGAACCACAGAUUCUGGACUUUAUAAAGCACAGAUGAUUGGGCAAAAAGUUUUAAAGAAAACUUUUAAUGUUACUGUCAUUGCUCGUCUUCCUGUUCCUGUCAUCACCAGUUACUGUCCUCAAAAUCCUUCAUCAGGAUCAUCAGCGUCCAGAUGUGUGCUGCUGUGUUCAGUGGCGAGUAUGGGUCAUGUGACUCUCUCCUGGUACAAAGGAAACAGUUUAUUGUCCAGCAUCAGUGUGUCUGAUCUCAGCAUCAGUCUCUCUCUACCUCUGGAGGUGGAAUAUCAGGAUAACAACACCUACAGCUGUGUGCUCCACAAUCCCAUCAGCAACCAGACCACACAUCUGGACAUCAGCAAACUCUCUCACACAUGUGCAGAAUGUGUCUGCUGUUGUAAUGUUACUGAAGCUGUAAUCCAAUUGGUCGUCUCUGCUCUGGUGGGCGUGGCUACUGUUGUUGUUCUGGUUUAUGAAAUCAGAUCCAGAAGAGCUCUGAAAUCAUUAUCAGACCAUAACUGACUCACUAUAACAAGCAUAAACCUAUCUUUAUGUUUUUAUAUUCUAUGAAUGCCCUGUAACACAACCAUAGACUGUAAAAAAGAUGGACGAUGCAUCUCCGCUUCCUUCCACUAUAGAAAAGUGAAGCAAAUACAUCUCAGUAUGGCCGCUGCCAUCUUGAGUAAAGGACGUCAUUUGGAGCCUGAGUCUGCGCAGUAGAGAUUCGUUUGGAGCCCGAGUCUGCGCAGUAGAGUCGUGAGGUGGAGCCGCGGAAUCAAACUCCCACAGACCCAAUCAACCAUAACGACACGCCACGUUUUUAUAGCAUCAAAUUACUAGCUAAAAUCAAACUUAUCACAAAACCUCCAGUGUUAAA